AUGGGUUCGAAAAUCGAGUACGUCGAUUCGUCACAUCUGUACGCCACAAACUACGUCCGUAAUUCGAAAGCUAUAGGUGUGCUUUGGGCGAUAUUCACGAUUUGCUACGCGAUUAUAAGCGUUGUAGCGUUCGUGACACCGGAGUGGAUCGGCGAUUUGGAGACGGAGUACCCGAGGAAGUUUGGGCUGUGGCAGAUAUGCAGGGCCGACGAAUCGGUGGACGACUGCAAGGGGAGGCUGGACGAUUUCUUCUCGAUCAACGGCUUCAUAUUCAGGAUUGCGACCGUGCUCGUCGGCCUGGCGGUCGCGCUAUCGCUGUUCACAAUAUGCACGAUGCUAUUGUUCUUCUUCUGUCAGUCAACAACAGUGUUCCACAUCUGCGGAUGGCUGCAGCUCCUGUCCGAAGCAGGUGUGGCGGCUGUGGCG